AUGAGGUCCUCAAAGCUGAUUGUCACCUUUCUCCUCGGCAUAGGGGUCACAGCUAGCACUGCAUGGGACAACCCUCAAGUUUCCCUCGACUACGGAUCUUUCAAAGGUCAAUAUAGCAGUAACUACAACCUCUCAUAUUUUCGCAAGAUUCCGUUUGCUGCACCGCCAAUAGGGGAGAACCGCUUUCGCGCGCCUCAGCCACCACUCAAGAUCACUGGAGACCCCUAUGACACAAACCAGGACUUCGACAUGUGCCCCCAGCGCACACUCAAUGGCAGUGAAGACUGUCUCUAUCUGGGUCUAUUCUCGCGGCCAUGGGAUAUAGCAAAGGACACCAGCAGACCAGUGCUGGUCGUAUUUUACGGCGGAGCUUUCAUUCAAGGCAGCGCUGCACUCACCAUGCCACCAUCCUCAUUCCCGAUUCUCAAUGUUAGCAAUAUUAACGACUACAUCGUUAUCUACUCCAACUACCGCGUCAAUGCCUUCGGCUUCCUACCCGGCAAGGCAAUCAAAGACUCGUCAACCUCAGAUCUAAACCCGGGGCUGCUAGACCAGCAAUGUGUCUUAAAAUGGGUCCAGACCCACAUCCGCCAGUUCGGUGGCAACCCUGACAACGUAACUAUAUGGGGCCAAUCAGCCGGGGCCGGCUCAGUAGUUGCGCAAGUCCUCGCAAAUGGCCGCCAUGGUCAACCGAGACUAUUUACCAAAGCCCUUGCCAGCUCACCAUUCUGGCCCAAGACGUAUAGUUACAACGCACCCCAAGCAGAAGCCAUCUACACCCAGCUAGCGAACCUGACAGGCUGUGCCGGUGAUAAGCACGCUCGUGAGACACUCGCUUGUCUCAAAUCCGUAGACGUCCAGAAAAUCCGUGAUGCAAGCCUGAUCAUCGGAGCAAGCCACACUUGGACAACGAGCUCUUACACCUGGGCGCCUGUGAUAGACGGAACCUUCCUCGUUGAGACACUCACUGACACUGUGAACAGGGGCUCCCUGAAUACAGAGUUUGUAUGGGGAAUGUAUAAUAGCCAUGAGGGCCAGAACUUUGUUCCGUCGGGUCUUGAUAGCGCCAUUUUAGCAAAUGGUUUCAAUUCCUCUGUUGCCAGCUUCCACUAUUGGCUUUCCGGUUUUGUGCCUGGGUUGUCGGCCAAGCAGAUUAGUGAGGUGGAAUCUCUUUAUCCCGCUAAGGGGAGUACAGAGACGAUCAACGGUUAUAAUACCUCCUAUGUUCGGGCUGGCUUGGUUUAUCGGGAUGUGGUGCUUGCCUGUCCGGCUUAUUGGAUUGCGUCCGCUGCGACGAAGAAGGGGUAUAUUGGGGAGUAUACGAUUUCUCCGGCGACGCAUGGGAGUGAUGGUAUCUACUGGAACAGAAUCAACGCUGUUCAAAAGACUAACCCUGUCGUCUAUGAAGGCUACACGGGAGCUUUUGCGAGUUUCUUUCAGACGGGAGACCCGAAUGCACACAAGGUGACGAAUGCGUCGCAACCAGGUGUACCAGAACUACAUACGGGCGAGGAAUUUGUGGUGGUAGAUAAUGGGCUUGAGAAUGUCAAGCUGGUCCAGUUAAAGGAGAGGUGUGACUUUUGGCGAAGGCUGGCGAGGAAGAUACCAGUGUGA